GAUUUAUCUCUCUCUCUAUUGGAAAUUCAUUGAUUCUUUCUAUUUUUCUUGAAAAGGGAGAAGAUGGCUUUUGCAGGGUCACUCGUUUAUUCUAAAAAAACUUGUACUUGGCAAGGAGGGAUAGGCUUAUGCAAGCACAACUCAACACAUUCAUGGUGCAAACCUGUUAUGAGUCCUCGUCGUUUAACUACUUUUCAAUGGAAUAUGAGAGUUGCACCUACUGCUAAUGUAUCUGAUACUAGUUUGGGUGAAAAAUCUUCAGAAACAGUAAAUAUCGGAAUUAUUGGUGCAGGAAGAAUUGGUCAAGUACAUGCCGAGAACUUGGCUUUUCGCAUCAAAAAGGGAAGACUGGUUGGAGUAGCUUCAGGAACAAAACAAUUGGCGGAAAGAUGUAGCUUGGCAACAGGUUGUAAACCUUAUUAUGAUUAUCAUGUGCUAUUGGAGGACCCUUCCGUGGAUGCCGUUUGUAUAUGUUCUGCUUCCAAUCAACAUACCAAACAAAUCAUGGAAGCCGCAAGAGCAGGGAAACAUAUCUUUUGUGAAAAGCCUAUCGAUACCGAUUUGAGGAAAAUUGAUGAGGCUUUACAAGUAGUGGAAGAAUGUGGAGUAAAACUACAAGUAGGUUUUAAUAGAAGAUUUGAUCAGAAUUAUUCUCGAGUCCGACAAGCUAUUGUUCGUGGUGAAAUUGGAACACCACAAAUUUUACACAUCGUGAGUAGAGACCCUUCUCCACCUCCUUUGGAAUAUCUAAAGAGUUCUGGUGGAAUUUGGUUGGAUUGUUCCAUUCAUGACUUUGAUAUGGCAAGAUUUUUGAUUGGAGAUGAAGUAGAACAAGUAUAUGCAGUUGGAGCCAUUCAUUGUGUACCUGAAAUGAAGGAAUUUGGAGAUGUGGAUACUUCCAUCGUUUUAUUACAAUUCCGCAAUGGAGUUGUAGCAACUAUUGACAAUUCUCGUCAAGCAGUUUAUGGUUAUGACCAACGUUGUGAAGUAUUUGGUUCCCAAGGUUCUGUGCAUAUCAACAACAAUUAUCCCAAUUCGGCAGUUAUUUCAACCAGUCAAAGUAUUAUGCGAGAUUUACCUCUACACUUUUUUAUGGAAAGAUACACGGAGUCUUUUAUUGAGGAACUCGAUCAAUUUUGCGAUUGCAUUUUGAAUAACAAACCUGUCCCAGUUACUGGUUGGGAUGGAAGAGCUCCUGUGGUCAUUGCAUUGGCUGCAAAGAAAAGUUUUAUGGAAGGUCGACCUAUUCGUGUGGAACAAGUCGACUAUGUUCACUCUGCUACUAGUACUCGAUAAAGUUUGUAUGAUGGUUCUGUCCGUUAGAAUUGUGACACUAUUUGCACAUACAAAGAACAAUUGUCACAAGGAACCAACCCAUCAAGGGAUGAGAUGAUUUCGUCUUGAUUCAAAACCAGUUGCCCACCACAACGACAGUUGGUUUGGUAA